AUGACUCUAAUAGCUGGUUCUUGGGAGAAGUUUCUAUGGGGAUUCAAGCUCAAAUCUGAAACCCUAGUCCCACUUUUCUCAUACCCAUCUCAUAUCUCAGCAAUCAAAUGUGUUGCCAUCUCUGGUCCGGUUGCGGUCUCUGGUGGAGCAGAUGACUUCAUUAAAGUUUAUGAUAUAACCACUUCUUCAGAAGUUGGAUCUCUCAUGAACCAAACAGGGGCUAUUACUUGUGUCUCUUUCUUUAACUCAUCUUCACUUUCUUACCCUCGUAAUCUCCUCAGUGGUUCUGAAGAUGGCACUGUUAGUAUCUAUGAUGCUGAUCCUUUUGUGCAUUACAAAAGUAUACAAGCUCAUAGAAAAAGUGUUAACGAUUUGAGUAUACAUAAGUCUGGAAAGUUGGCAUUGAGUGUUGGUAGAGAUUCUUGUUUAGCUAUGUCGAAUUUAGUCAGAGGAAGAAGGAGUUUUUGCUGCAGGUUAAAUAAAGAAGCUUCAAUGGUGAAAUUUGAUUCAGAUGGGAGUAAAUUCUUUUUGGUUAUGGAAGAUAAAAUUUGUAUUCAUGAAGCUGAGGAUGCCAAGUUGGUUUUAGAGAUGAACAGCCCGAGCCAGAAGAGAAUUCUUUGUGCAGCUGUAUCUGCUAAUGGACUGUUGACUACUGGUGGGGAGGACUGUAAUGUGACAGCAUGGGAUCCAACCAGUGGGAAGGUAGCAUAUUGUAUUGAGAAAGCACAUUCAAACCGUGUGAAAGGAAUUGCAGUUCUGUCUAGCAGUACCGUUGAUGAUGUGGAAAACUCUGAAUCUCCAUAUCUAGUAGCUUCUGCAUCGUCAGAUGGAGUCAUAAGAGUUUGGGAUGUGCGCAUGGUUAAAAAGGAGCAGCCAAGUCCAUUUGCAGAGGUGAACACAAAAUCUAGGUUGACGUGUCUUGCAGGAUCCUCCAUCAAAAACCUGAACUGUGCUGGAAAUUCCUCAAAGUAAGAUGAGGAAAAUGAGUAUGUCGCUGAGAAACAGGCAACACAGCCCCCUUGUUUCAUGUUCCAAAAAUAUUCUUGCAGGAUCAAGGAUCUUUUAUAGUGGUCGGUUUACUGAUUCCAUUCAUCAUCCUUCAGUUUUGAUAUGUUGAGCAACAUAAAUUAGUACAUGUUUUUUAUUUUAUACAGCAUUUUCUCGAUUUGUGCGUGACAUCCUUGCGCCGGGUGCCACGCUAAUCUUCUCUGUAUCGUGUUCCAGUUU